AUGAAUGGAAAAAUGAAUAGUGACAUUAAGGUUGAGGAUAGUGGGGAGAUGAAAAGGUUCUUUGUUGGUCCAUCUUGUCCCCUUAAGCUUCAAUUUUUGCAUCAUGUUCAUAGUAGUCCCUUAGCUGGCCAUUCUAGGUUCCUGAAGUCUUACCACAGGGCUAAGAGUGACUUUUAUCUGUAUGGCAUGAAGUUUGACCUCAAGAAGUUCAUUAAGGAGUGUGACAUUUGCCAAAGGAUCAAGUCUGAUAUCCUCUCCUAUAGGCAGACUGAAGUUGUGAAUAGGAGUUUGGAGCAAUAUCUAAGGGCUUUCACUAUUGAUAGACCUCAUCAGUGGGCUUCUUGGCUACCAUUGGCUGAAUUUUGGUUUAAUUCCUCCUUUCAUACUAGUUUGCAACUAACUCCUUUUGAAACUUUGUAUGGCUUUCCUCCCCCUAAGCUCCAAGGUUAUGUGCUUGGUACUACUAGGGUGGAUGCCUUGGAUUCAUUGUUAAGUCAAAGGCAGGUUGUUUUGGACACCUUAAAGGUUCAUCUGGCUACUGCUCAAGCUAGAAUGAAGACCCAAGCUGAUAGGCACAGGCAGGAGAGGUCUUUUGCAGUGGGGGAUUGGCUGGGUCAGCAUGUCACACCCUUACCUACUCUGCCUCCUGUUGAUGAAUCUGGUCAAGUGUUUACUGAACCAGUGGUUGUUCUACAAAAAAGGACCAAGUCUUUGAGGUCUAGGGUCAUCACAGAAGUCUUGGUGCAGUGGUCAAGUGCUUCUCCUGAUGAUGCAACCUGGGAAUCCCUUCAUCAGCUACAACUCUCCUUUGCUCACCUUGUGGGCAAGGUGCUUUGA